GAAAUAUUUUUGAAAAGUUGUUGAUCUGUACAACUUGAAGGAUCGAUUUUAUUUUUCUUGAAGAGAUGUCUGAAGAAUUAGGAAAAUCAUCAUAUGACUGUGACAUCUGUGAAGAAUCAUUCUUUGAAGAAAGUAAAUUCAGUCAACACAAACAAAUUCAUACAGGGGAGAAACCAUAUCCCUGUGAUAUAUGUGGUAAAUCUUUCACUGAAAACAGUGGCUUAACCAAACACAAACGUAUUCACACAGGAGAGAAGCCAUAUUCCUGUGAUAUCUGUUGUAAAUCAUUCUCCAAUGACAGUCAUUUAACUCGACACAUACGUACUCAUACAGGAGAAAGACCUUAUCCCUGUGAUAUCUGUGGUAAUUCAUUUUCUGAUGAUAGCAGCUUGACUAAACAUAAGCGUAUUCAUACAGGGGAGAAACCAUAUCACUGUGAUAUCUGUGGCAAAUCAUUCAGUCAGGCAGUUUACUUAACCAGACACAAGCGUAUUCAUACAGGUGAGCAACCAUAUCGCUGUGAUAUCUAUGGUAAAUCAUUCAGUCAGACAGCUAACUUAACGACACACAAACGUGUUCAUACAGGUGAGCAACCAUAUCACUGCAAUAUCUGUGGCAAGUCAUUUUCUAAAAAGGGUAUCUUAAGUACACACAUACUUACUCAUACUGGGCUAAAACCAUAUCAUUGUGAUAUCUGCAGUAAAUCAUUCACACAAAAACAUCACUUAAUUAGAUAUAAGUGUAUUUGUUCUGCAAAGGACCCAAUUGUUGUAUAA